CAGAAACGUCUACUUGGUGUUCUCGUACUUCUGGUUUUUCAUUGGUCUUCCCAUGGGUUUCGUCUCCACCAUAUCUCGGAUCUUGAAGGCAACGGCCGUUGGCGCUCUAAUGUUGCCAAGAAUUGAUCAUAGUAUCAUGCCCGGUGGCUUUCAAUCGUUUGAUGGAGGUAACCAACUUGCAUAAGCGUACGGGGCUGAUGCUUUCCGGGGGUAGUUAAUGUUUGCCCGAAUUGUAUGGAAUAUGAAAUAACCUGAAUUUAACAUAUGCUAUGAUAAAUCUGCCCGAAUUUUCUGGAUUUGUCGUAGCAUUCGCCCGAAUAUCAUGGUUUUGUAAAGUUUGGAGGGGGAAGUUGUGCCACUCCUGUCUCGUACGCCUAUGCCAACUUGUUGUAAUGGUCAUGGGUAAAAGGGAGGGAGGUUUUCAAGAUAGUUCAAAAUUUAAUCUCAGAUCAGUUUGCUUGAGUUCAAGGUUAAUGUUUGGGUUAGGAUUGGGGUUAGAUCAGUGACAGACACUGGGAGAUACGAUCCAUGAGAAAACUGGAUUAGCUCGGGAAAAUGGUAUGAAAAUGCUUACCACCUUCAUAGAUUUUGGACGUUCGUUCCAAAUGUAUGUAAAACUCACUGGUUUCAGCAAGUAUCUUUAUGUGGUGACACUUAUGAAAGCGACGUUAAUUUAGUUUUACUUUUCUCAAAGGCCGAAUUACUGAAGAUGGUUUUCCAUGUAUAUGUAUAUAUAUAGAAAAAGAGAGAGAAAGCUCCAUGACUUGGUCACAUUGGCGUAGCCAAGGGCCUAGACACCUAUUGUAAAACUAUAAUUUCAUUUUUUUUAUAAUUUCGAUACGCAGGCUACAGUCUUUAUAACAUUUUUUUGUUAUUCUGAAAGGUUUCGAGGCGUACAUCUGUUAUCUUCACGUGCAAACAGUAGGGAUGGGCGAUACCAGCUUUUUCAUUCGAUACGAUAUUUGCUCGAUAUUUGCCGGGUUUUUUCGAUAUCGAUACCGAUAUCGAUAUUUUCCCAACUUGAAAUCAUUAACAACGGCCACAACGCUAACAAUAUAAACAUUGAAUAAUAUAUGUCAGUGAUUGCAACCAACAUAACCAGAAACUCCCAUCCUUCCCGUGGACUAUUAUAGCACCAUAGAAAAUGAACUAUUUACACCUAUUUAGGCUUUUUGGUAUCAUUUUCAUGAUGAUGCCGCUGACCAAAAUGAAAAAUAUCGCGGGCGCAGAAAUAUCGAAACAUCGAUAUUUCUUGCCAGUAUCGAUACUUUUCUUCAAAACCCUGGUAUCGAUAGUAUCGAGUAUUUGGUAUCGAUAUCGGCCCAUCCCUAGCAAACAGCUUAUAGAAACCCAGUCCUUCGAGUUUUCUGUCAGAUAUUGAGUGACGAAACACGUAAGUUUUGACAAUUUCUUUACAGUAUAGGGUGCAAAUAAACCUCAUGAAUUGUUCAUAAAUUUUACAAACAUUUUUUACAACCAUAAAUUGGCCGACUUCAAUCUUAUUGUCGACUCUGUGCCCGGCAUAAGAAUUCUCCGCAUGUUAUCUUCAAUAAGCCCGCUAGCUUUUGGCUCGCAACGUACCUAGCGAACCAGUGAACUCUAUUAUAACUGGAACGAUAAGUGCAGGUAAACUGCCCUAUGAUUGGGUGAAGCCAAGAUGGCGUCCUAUAGAACACGCGUGUUUUCGUGUGGGCUUCGUGGGAGCUGAAAAUGACUAAAGUUUUCCGAGCGAUGUUUUUCAAUUUUUGCACGAAAUGCUCAUUUUUAGAACAAAAAACCUUCCUAAAUUAGCUAAAAACAACAAGGCCAUGACCAGGUCAUGACCUGGAGCCUCGUUUUCGUCACAUAUAUAACCAUCGACACGGUAGUAAUUUCCUCUGUCUUUUCCUCAUGAAUUCUUAAUGAGUUUUUUAAUGUAUUAAAGGACAAAACCGGGAACGAAAAUGGAAAUUUUCAGCUCAAGCUCGUACCAGGUGGUUCCUCGCCCUUACCUUGGCUCGCAACCCACAACUAGCGUCUGACCGUAAACCUGGUGGUGUUGAAGCACCUCAACCUGUUCAAGGUGGUUGUGUCAAACAUGGCGACGUCAAAAUUAAAAUUAGUCGGUAUGAGUUAAGACAAGAUAAGUGA